AUGCUGCGUCGCUGCAUUCGUUGUCUAGGCUCCACCAAUCGUUAUACCGACGGCUCAGGACGUAAGCUUCAAUCCAAUGAGCUGCCCCGGGACCUUUACAUUGAAACGAUGAGCAACCGGGCAUACCCUGUGAAAGGUGAGCACUGGCAGCCAGUUGUGGCCGACAAGCCCUCCCCGCACAAAGGCAAUGUCAUCAUCUCUGGGGCAGGUGUUCUGGGAUUAACGCUUGCGUCACUGUUUGCGCUUCGAGGCUGGCAUACAACGGUAUUGGAGAGGGGCCCUCGCCUCCCGGAACGGGCUAACUUUGUUGAAGAGCGAAAAGACACGGAUGCAAUCUACCCAGGGAGAACUAAAAGCGAUGCUAGUGACAUCAACAACUGCGAAAAAAAUGGCAGCCAGAACGCUCCCCACCAGGGUACUUCUUACGAGGAGAGCAAUAGUAGACUGUGCGCUAAUCCCCUCGUAGGGUCACUGGAAGUAGGCGCAAGUUCCUCAACAGGUUCCCAUCAGGGCAAGUAUCCCAGUGGUAGAGAAGGUGGUAUCGUGGGUAGUCCAGAACCACAAGCCAGCCCUCCCUUUCAACAUCCCUUUAUUGAUUUAGAAUACACCGUUUUGACUCGUCGCGCGGUGGAUGUGCUGGAGAUGGCUGGGGUGCGGGUAGGCAUGAUCCGAAACUUGGGCGUGCCCGUGAGCGGGAUCCUAGACCACCCAGGGGACUACAACAACUGGUUGACAUACGGCCUCGUGGAGCACCACCCCUUCGCCGUUCGUAUGCUUUCCAUUGACCUCUUCGAACUGCGACGUUAUCUUGCGGACCAUGUCAAUCAGCUUCCUAACCAUAAUGUACAAGUUUUCUAUGAACACGUCAUCGAGGCUGCGUAUCCUCUCCGACAGCAGGUGGUGGUGCGCCCGUGGGCGCAAAGUGUGCUAUCGACAACAGAAAAAGUGGACCAAAUGUUAGAGGUCGCUGCACCUUCUAGCCGACAAGCCGGAGAUGGAGGUAGCUCAAACAGCCUCCAGGACCGCACAGCAAUGGUGGUAGCGAGGGUCAAAUCGCAACCUCAGCGACGGCGGAAUACAAGCUUGGUGCUCAGCUCUAUGAAGUGGGAUGCCAACUACGCAGAUGACGCAGUGGACUAUGACCUGUUGGUCUGUGCAGAGGGGGUAAACUCGAGGUUGCGCGAUCUCCUCGAUGUGGAGGGUUUCCCCGCGGAUAUCGACAUGGGCACGAAGUGGUUCCUUCUACAAAGCGAUACCCUCAGCCAUGAGCACAUUCACCGCUGGCUAAGGAAAAGGAAGACGAAUCCAGUGACGUCAGCGGAGUCCUACCACGUCUGCUCCGCUUACCAAGUCCCAAUGUGUACAGCUUUCCCUCGCAUUGAUAGAAUCAAUUGGUUCUCUGUGAUGGUGUACAUGCCCAUUGGAGAAUUGGAAGCGCUAAGUGAUGAAGACGUUCUCAAAUAUCUUCUCGCAGAUGUAGCACGUCAUGAUCCCAAUGCGAAGCUUAGAUCCUUCACGUCGUGCAUCCGUCCUACGCCAACUAUAUUUUGCGAAAAUCUGUUCAACACCGUUGGCCUACCCUCUGCUGUUAUGGUUGGGGAUGCAGCGCACACCUGUCAUCCUUUCUGGAUGCAAGGGCUUGCGCUUGGUCUCGAGGAUGGAGUAAACUUGCUCAACCAGGUCGAUGCCUACUCACGACAUUUCUACGACGCUGUAAAGCAGUACAGCGAUGAGCGCGGCGUUGACGGUGAUGCGCUGCGUGCGCUGACGGACAGAUGCCUAUAUUAUCAGCGGCAAAAACACCGCAAUCCGUUUAUUCGCUUUCAGAAUGCAUAUCAACGCUACCUAAACAACCACUUUCCACGAAGCAUAAACGAUUUCUACAACGGUUCAACGAAUCACUUGUACUCCAAGAGUAUCGAAACAAUGCUAAAUGGGCGCGGCUACACAUCGUACGAUUUUGCUGAAAAACAGCAGGUCAAGCACAGCUCAUUUUUCAGUUUGGGUCGGCUGUAUACGUAG